AUGAACGAUAAUAAUAAUGAUAAUAAUGAUAAAUUAUUUUUUAAAUUAUGGAGAAAUUAUGUAAUUAAAAAAGAAAUAUUAUUACAUGUUAAAUUAUAUAAUAUACAUUAUCAUAAAAGAGUAUUUGAAAAGGUUAAACAAGUAAAUCAAUAUAAAUUUAAAGAUUAUUUAAGAUCAGUUGAAAUUAGUAAUUCAAUAAGAUAUGAAGAAUUUAUAUUAUUAAAAAAUGAAUUACCAAAUUCAAUUAAAGAAAUUCAUUUUCCAUAUGGUUUUAAUUUUGAUUUAUAUGAAAAUAAUAAUAAUAAUAUUAAUAAUAAUAAUAAUAAUAAUAAUGAAUUUUUAUUAUCAAAUAAUAUUGAAUCAAUUCAUAUUAAUAGAGAUUAUGAAGAAUUUAUUAAAAAAUUACCAAAUCAUAUUAAAAAAUUAACAUGUUCAAAAUUUCAAAAACAUACGAUAAUUGGUGAUUUACUUGAUUCAUUUGGAAUGUAUCCAUUGGUUUUUAUAUUGGAUCAAUCGAAUCGAACAACAUUUAAUUUUGAAAAGAAUGAAUUUGAUCAAUAUAUAAAGUAUCCAAUUAAAAGAAUAAAAUUAACAGAUAAAGAUUUCAUUAAUAUUAAAAGUGGUAUAAUAAAGAGUAAUGAUAAUGAUAAAAAUGGUUUAUAUAGUAUUGAAUUUGGUUUAAAUUUCAAUCAAAAAUUAAAAGAUAUUUUAAUACCCCAUGGUGUAAAGAAAAUUAAAAUUUCAAGUACUAAUAAAAAUAAAUUUAUAUUGGAAAAAGAUUGUUUACCAAAUUCAAUAACAAAUUUAACAAUUAAAAAUUUAAAUCAAAAAUUAAUUAAUGAUGGUGAUGAUGGUGAUGAUGGUAGUGGUAGUGAUAAUGGUAGUGGUAAUGGUAUUGGAAUUAUACCAAAUUCAAUUAAAACUUUAAAAAUUAAAAAUUGUAGUGGUGCUGCGAAAUUAAAUUUAAUAAAAAAUACUUCAAUUAAUACUUUAAAAAUUGAUUUUGAUUGGUUCAUUUUAAAUUAUAAAAAUGAAAAUAAUUUUUUAUUUUUAAAUACUUUACCAAAAUCUUUAAAUAAAUUAAAAUUCAUUUAUAAUAAUACAAAUAAUUAUACAUUCUCUCAAUUAUUUUAUCCAAAUUUUAAAUCAAUUCCAAAUAUUCCAAUUUUAAAUGAAUUAUCAAUUCAUAAUUUAAAUAGAGAUUAUUCAAAACCAUUAGAAUUUAAUGAUAAUAUAACAACUUUAUUCAUUAGUUAUUCAAUUAAAAAAUACAAUCCAAAUGAAAAUAUUAAUUUGACUACCACCACCACCACCAACAACAACAACAACAACAACAACAACAACAACAACAACAACAACAACAACAACAACAACACUACUUAUAAUGAAUUUUAUUUUUCAAAAUUACCUUUAACUUUAUCAAAUUUAAAUUUUAUUGGAAAACAUGAAGAUUUUAAAUUAAGUUCAAUUUAUAAUAUUAAUAGUAUAACUUCACUUUCAUUACCAUUUAAUUUUAAUAAUAAUAAUAAUAAUAAUAAUAAUAUUGAUGUUGAAAAUGAUUUUUUAAAAUUAAAUUCAAUUAGACAUUUAACAAUUAAUGGUGAUAAAGAUUGUAAAAUUAAUCUAUCUUUAUUACCACCAAAUUUAGAAUCUUUAACUUUUAUUGGAUCUUCAAUUUUUCCAAUUGGUUUAACUGAAAAUUCAAUACCUUCAACUUUAAAAGAAAUUAUAUGUUUUAAUUCAAAUCAAACUAUUAUAAAUCAUUUAAUAUCUUUAAAUUUAAUUUUAUUUUUAAAAAUAAAAAAUAAAUAA